CAACUUAAUUUCAAGACUUUCUCCACCACCACAGCGCAGAUCAAACAAGAAAAAAAUGGACUCCUUCCCUUUCCUCGCUGCGCUAUUCCUCAUCACCGCCGCCACAUGGUUCCUCACCUCCAGGCGGCGGAAGAAUCUCCCGCCGGGCCCCUUCCCCUACCCGAUCGUCGGAAACAUGCUCCAGCUCGGCACUCAGCCUCACGAAACAUUCGCAAAGCUAUCAAAGAAAUACGGCCCUCUGAUGUCGGUGAACCUCGGCAGCCUAUACACCGUGAUCGUGUCCUCCCCGGAGAUGACCAAGGAGAUCAUGCACAAGCACGGCCAUGUGUUCUCCGGCCGCACCAUCGCCCAGGCCGUGGAGGCGUGCGGCCACGACAAGAUCUCCAUGGGGUUCCUCCCCGUGGGGGGCGAGUGGCGCGACAUGCGCAAGAUCUGCAAGGAGCAGAUGUUCUCUCACCAGAGCAUGGAAGACAGCCAGGACCUCCGCAAGCUCAAGCUGCAGCAGCUCCUCGACCACGCCCAGAAAUGCUGUGAUGAAGGCCGCGCCAUUGAUAUUCGCGAGGCCGCUUUUAUCACCACGCUCAACCUCAUGUCCGCCACUCUGUUCUCGUUGCAGGCGACUGAGUUUGACUCCAUGGUCACCAUGGAGUUCAAGGAGAUCAUUGAGGGCGUCGCGAGCAUCGUUGGUGUGCCUAACUUCGCCGACUUCUUCCCCAUCCUCCGCCCCUUUGACCCGCAGGGGGUCAAGCGCAGGGCGGAUGUCUACUUUGGUAGAUUGCUCGCUUUGAUCGAGGGCUAUCUCAAUGAGAGAAUCCAAUCCAAGAAGACUAACCCGAAUGCUCCCAAGAAAGAUGACUUCCUUGAGACACUCGUGGAUAUUCUUGCGGCCAACGAUUACAAGCUGAAGACUCACCACCUCACCCAUCUCAUGCUGGACUUGUUCGUUGGAGGAUCAGAAACGAGCACAACCGAGCUAGAGUGGAUAAUGGAGGAGCUAAUGUCGCACCCCGACAAGAUGGCGAAGGUGAAGGCGGAGCUCAAGAGCGUGAUGGGUGACCAAAAGGUGGUGGACGAAAGGCAGAUGCCGAAUCUCCCAUAUCUGCAAGCAGUGGUGAAGGAGUCGAUGCGCCUCCACCCACCGGGGCCUCUGCUUCUCCCCCGGAAGGCGGAGAGCGACCAAGUGGUGAACGGAUACCUCAUCCCGAAGGGGACUCAGGUGCUGAUCAACGCGUGGGCCAUGGGCCGAGACGAGUCCAUAUGGAAGAACCCAAAUACGUUUGAGCCGGAGCGGUUCUUGGAUCAAAAAAUUGACUUCAAAGGGCAGGAUUACGAGCUGAUUCCGUUUGGGUCGGGGAGAAGGGUGUGCCCGGGCAUGCCAUUGGCCAACCGGAUCUUGCACACGGUGACGGCCACGCUGGUUCACAACUUCGACUGGAAACUGGAGCGGCCGGAUGCAAGUGAUGCGGAGCGCCAGGGUGUGUUGUUUGGGUUUGCGGUGCGGAGGGCUGUUCCACUCAAGGUCAUCCCAUUUAAGCAAUGAGAUCAUCGUGGGAUAUUUUCGUAUACAUUCUCGUAUAUUUUCUUUGAUAGAAUUAAAACGCCCGAAAAAUUCAUUAGCAAUAUGAUUUUUUUGGUUUACCUAUCAGAUUCUACAAUUUUAGUCAUGAUGAGAUGAUUGAGAAUAAAUUAUAAUUUAAUGGUUUUUCGAAUAACUUA